AGGUUAAGAAAAUGGGCCCAAAUGGCAUCCACUUGCAGAUAUAAACCCUAACAAACCCUAACCCUCAUUUCUGUACCGAACCCUGUCUUCUCCCUCCGCCGCCGCUUCCUCAGAGGGGUUUCCCACACAACACAAUGGGUCGUGUCAUCAGAGCUCAGCGUAAGGGUGCGGGAUCGGUGUUCAAGUCUCACACCCACCACCGCAAGGGUCCGGCUCGUUUCCGCAGCCUCGACUUUGGCGAGCGCAACGGGUAUCUUAAGGGUGUCGUCACCGAGAUUGUCCAUGAUCCUGGCCGUGGCGCUCCCCUAGCCCGUGUCGUUUUCCGCCAUCCCUUCCGCUACAAGAAGCAGAAGGAGCUCUUCGUUGCCGCUGAGGGUAUGUACACCGGCCAGUUCAUUUACUGUGGCAAGAAGGCGAACCUCAUGGUCGGAAACGUCUUACCCCUCAGAUCUAUCCCUGAAGGUGCCGUCAUCUGCAACGUCGAGCAUCAUGUAGGCGACCGUGGCAUUUUUGCUAGGGCUUCUGGUGAUUAUACCAUUGUUAUCAGCCACAAUCCCGAUAAUGACACUACCAGGUCUCUUCUUACUCAGCAAUCUUAAUUCAGAUUUUCUUUAAUUUUGGAUCUCUUAGUUCUAUACCCACUUCACUUUGUGUGAAUGAAUAAUUUACAUACUAGUAGGCAUUUAAAGAAAUCGGGUUAUGUAGUAGUGACUUUUGUUAUGAAUUCUUGCAGAAUUAAGAUGCCAUCUGGUGCCAAGAAAAUUGUCCCAAGUGGUUGCAGAGCAAUGAUUGGUCAAGUUGCAGGUGGAGGGAGGACCGAGAAACCCCUUCUCAAGGCUGGUAAUGCUUAUCACAAGUAUAGAGUUAAGAGGAACUGCUGGCCUAAGGUGCG